AACACCGCACGGCUCCGCGUUCGCGUGUCUCUCUCUCCCCGGACGUCCGGCUGCUCGGCAAACUCCACGGCGGAGGCCCUCCGCCCUUUCCCGAUCCGAGAAGCGGAGCAUCGACCGGCCCCGAUGAAGACUUUGCUGGGACCUUCGGUGCUCGCAAGUCGCAAUUUUGUUUGAAGGGGGUCUUCAUUUUCUGGGUGAAAGGGGCAACCAAAAGAAGAAAAAGGAGAGAAAAGGAAGGUGGGGCUGAUAAAUCGGAGUGCGAGUGGUUUAGUAAUUUUCUGGUUCUCCCCCGGUAGAAUAACAAAGACAUGUUGGAAGGUCGGUCCUGUCUGAUCCCGAGGGUGCUUGCAAACUCUUGCCAGUCGGAAAGUAAUUGGCCAGGUUGCAUGAGUUUCCGGCUUGAAAUCGACAUUGGGAGUAGCAAGCAUCCUCGGGAUAUUGAUGGCAAUGAAGAUCACCCGCGCAGGAAGUCGUCGAAGCUUUCGGAGUCGCAAGAAAUCGAUGGGCACGCUCAGGAUUCGGGGGAACAACCCAGCGAUCAACGUCAUGCUGGGGACAAUACGCAUUUGGAUUCUCUCAUAGGUGCCAUUGGGAGGGACAACUCAAUCAGCUGUCUCAUCCGCUGCUCGAGAUCUGAUUAUGGUUCCAUAGCCCUGUUGAAUACCAGCUUUCGGAGUUUGAUCAAGAGCGGCGAGCUUUAUAGGUUGCGUAAGCAGUACCGCGUGAUUGAGCACUGGAUAUAUUUUUCUUGCCAUUUACUCGAAUGGGAAGCUUUUGAUCCUAUUCGCGGUCGGUGGAUGCAUUUGCCCAGAAUGAUCUCCAAUGAAUAUGUCAUAUUUCCUGAUAAGGAAUCCUUAGCAGUGGGUACAGAGCUUCUGGUGUUCACUAAGGAUAUGACAAAUUCGCAUGUGAUAUACAACUAUAGCCUUCUAACAAAUUCAUGGACUUCUGGAAUGAGUAUGAAUGCUCCUAGAUGCUUAUUUGGGUCUGCGAGCCUCGGGGAGAAAGCAAUACUAGCUGGCGGUUGUGAUUCACAGGGGAACAUUUUUAACUCUGCAGAGAUGUACAAUUCCGAGACUCGGCAGUGGUUACCUCUUAAUAACAUGCACACACCCAGAAAGAUGUGCUCGGGAGUGUUUAUGGAUGACAAGUUUUACGUGAUUGGUGGGAUUGGUAGAAAUGAAACGGGUCAGCCAAGAGUUCUCACAUGUGGGGAAGAGUAUGAUCCAAGGACACAAACUUGGACCGUAAUUCCUAAUAUGUCGCCUGUGAGGGGAGGUCCAGCGAGGGAGGCCGAGGUGCCUGCAGCAGCGGAAGCACCUCCUCUAGUUGCAGUGGUUAACAACGAACUGUAUGCAGCUGAUUAUGCUGACAUGGAGGUGAGAAAGUAUGAUAAGGAGAGGAAGGUGUGGUUUACAGUGGGGAGAUUGCCUGAACGUGCAGACUCAAUGAAUGGUUGGGGAAUUGCCUUCAGGGCUUGUGGAGAUAGUCUUAUCGUCAUUGGUGGACCUAGGACGCCAGGUGAAGUUUUCAUAGAGAUCAAUUCAUGGGUUCCAAGUGAAGGCCCUCCGCGUUGGAACUUGCUCGCAAGAAAGAGUUCGAGUAACUUUGUGUAUAAUUGUGCCGUGAUGGGAUGCUAAACAGUUGGAUAUUUUAGCAUCUUGUGUACUUUAGCAGUUCCUCCCUCCCAAGGGUUGUACAAGAUCGGCUUCUCCUUCAACACAGGAUUCUUGCUAACGGGUAUUUUUCCCCUCUUUCUUUUUAUUUCUCUUCCCCAUUGGGACUAGGGAAGAACGGGGAAUAAUUUCAGAUUUCCUUCUUCAAGAAUUAUAGAAAUUUUUUUCCCAAAAGAGGAGGUCAUGAUUUCACUUUCAUCUUCAAUACAUUAAGUUUCAUUUCCACCAUUGAGUCAGUAUUUUCCUCCUUUCUUGUAAAGUUUGGAAUAUCUAAUCGUCAGCAAUCUUUUAGCUGCUA